UUCCGUCGCUCUACUUCCGUGUCCAUCCAGGGUGACCAAAUUCGCUUCGCUAAAUAAUUCUGAAUUAGUACUCAAUGUACCGAAGCCUCGACAUAGUACGUCUGCUUACCUGGAGGAAAAUAAUCAUGAUUCGAUCUUCGUGAACAUGUGCGCAAAAAUGGUGAAAGAAGAGUACGAGGAGGGCUUUUGUGGAAUAAAAGAGGGUGACGAGGGUCAACGACUGGACGCUGUCUUCAAGAAGCCUCACGAUGUUUUACACGACGUCACUGAAGAUCUUCAAGCAGACCUGCAGGAGCCAGAUGUCUUUUCCAAUAAAGAGGAGGGGCCCUCCCACGUCAAAAGGGAAGACGGGCCAGAGUCACUUCGUAUUAAAGAAGAAGAGCUGGCGUUACAUAUCACAGAGUUUCCAUUGACAGCCAUUGUUAAGUGUGAAGAAGAUGAUUAUAAUGAUGGGGAUGAAAGAGAAGACUGUCAAGGACCCCAAGAAGAUGGCCUCUUGGCUCCACUAUCAGAGAGUGAUAUGUCACACACUGAUGAUGGUGGUGGUGACGUUGAACACGUCAAAGGUGAUGUCUCAUGUCACCUUGAUAACAAAUCCAUAAAAUGUCCUCAGUGUGACAAAAUCUUUUUCGACAAGUCACAGUUGAAAAGACACACGAGAACUCACAAUCUAGAAAAGCCUUUUGCCUGCUCAGCUUGUGCAAAAACAUUUGCUCAUAAGGGACACUUGAACAUACACAUGCGGAUGCACACUAAGGAGAAACCUUUUUCCUGCUCACUUUGUGGCCUGAAAGUAACGCAUAAGAGUAGCUUAACAAAUCACAUGAGAAUUCACACGGGAGAGAAACCCUUUGUCUGCUCAGUCUGCAACUUAAGUUUCGGAAGACGUUCAUAUUUGAUAAAACACACACGAAUACACACUGGGGAGAAACCAUUUUCCUGUGUAGUUUGUGACAAAAGAUUCUGUAUAAAGGCAGAUUUAAAAACGCACACAAGAACGCAUACUGGGGAAAAACCUUUUGCCUGUUCGGUUUGUGCCAAAUCUUUUUCUUUGAAGGGAAGUUUAAGAAUACACACAAGAACACACACUGGGGAGAAGCCAUUUGUCUGCCCAGUUUGUGGUAAAAGUUUCACUGUGAAAACAUGUUUAAUAAGGCACGCAAGAACACACAAUGGUGAGAAACCUUUUGCCUGUUCAGUUUGUGGUCAAAGAUUCCAUGUGAAGACAUGCUUGAUAAGACACACUAGAACACACACUGGAGAGAAACCUUUUGCUUGCACAGUCUGCGAUUUAACUUUCAUCGAUCGCACAGGAUUAGUUCGACACACAAGAACACACACUGGGGAGAAACUGUUUGCUUGCUCAGUUUGUGGUAAAAGUUUCACGCAAAGAUGCAUAUUAGAGAAACACACCAGAAUACACACUGGUGAAAAACCAUUCAGUUGCAGCCUGUGCGAUAAAAGAUUCUCUCGUAAGGACCGAGUUAAGAGACACAAGUGUGCUGGUGAGAAAACGAGUGGCAAGUGAAACAUGAACUCUGAAGCCAGUUGGCAAAGUGCACAUGUGGCCCGAAAUAAAAUUUUGAAACGG